UUUAGUGUGGCUGGGGCAGUGUGGAUUGGUGUUGUGGUGACGUGAUGCGUCGUCCCACUUUUUGUCACAACAGUGUGGCCGCUGUGGAAGCCACCCAUAGGGGGCAACCGACUCCCCCCUCCCAGGGUGCACCCACCAUUGACAAGGAAGAGACGAGGCUAGCUCGUAUGAAGCGCAUUUUCACGGGCUCUCUGCUGAUGGGCCGUCGUCCCCCCACUGGACCACCCCUCAAGACAUUCGCCGUGCACCUGGAGGAUCUGCCUCUCACCAAUGAAGGUCUGCCUCGUGUCGUUGUACGCAUCACUACCUUCAUUGAGAAAUACGGUCUGCAACUAGAAGGCCUGUUUAGGCUGUCGGGUGGCAACCCGACGCUAGUGGAGCAACUGAAGGCGUCGUUCGAUAGGACAGGCGACGCCGAUCUGGAGGGCUGUGGUGACGUCACUAGCGUGGCGGCGCUCCUCAAACUUUGGCUCAGAGAUCUGCCCGAACCCGUUGUGCCGGCGGUCACAGCUGCUGAGCUCGUGUCUCUGUUGCAUAAAUACAAAGGGGGCGCUGAUGAUACAGAAGCAUGGUGCUCUGAAACAGGGCGUCUGCUUUGCUGCUGGGGAGGCCAAGGGGUGCCCGGACAGGGGGUGCUGCGUGAACGCAACGCAAGGCUUUUGCGUUGCAUCCUCAGACUGUUGCACCGCUAUCAGCUGAAUCAGCUGGCGACACAUCAGAUAAACCAGCAGACGACGCAAAAUCAGCUGAUGCAGAAUCAGCUGGCGCCUGUGUUUGCGGCAUUGCUGUUGAGUGUGGAUGACGCGAUGCCGCGUAUUGCGUCGCCCGAUACGACGGCUGUCGUCUGUGCGUUGAUUGCUAAUUAUGACCGGGUCUAUGAUGAGAGUAUGUCAUGUGGCGACGUGAAGAUGGACGGCGCCAGUACACCGGAAACGCGUCUGUUUUCGGCGGGAAAGAAUAAAAGUUUGAAUUUGAGUGAAACGACUCCGCUGCAACUGGCUUACAGCGGAAGUAAGAAGCAGCGCAAGCGCAAAGACAGGCAGAGCAGUGCUGACAGAAAGUUUGUCAGGUCCAACUCGGAAGAACGUCCAUGCAAAUCGAGCUGCGGCGGUGUGCUGGUGGUGGGGGGUGCGGGAGGGGUCGCUGGGGGUGCAGGGGUUGGCGACGAGUCGAUUCGCCGAGUGAGCAGUCACGAGGACUUCAGCCGAGCACGCUCGCACCACAAGGGCGCUCAACCGCUCAUGGAGCUCAUCUCGGAGACGGCUGCUUGCAUUCAGAUGUCAACCCCGUCAGCUCGACCCCUACACGAGCGCAACCAACAGUUCGUCCGUAGCUCUUCCACUAACAACCCCUCUCCCAACAACACCACCAAAAACAACAACCUCAACAACAACAACAGCAGUGCUGUCAAGGUCAUUCCCGAGUACAAAAACAACAACGUCAAGGUCACCUCUCCAGAGUUCAACAACAACAAUAAGCCGGAAUCAGCUGAUCCGUUGCCAUGGCAACAUGACGUCACAGACGCCAGACGUGAUGAGUCGCUGGCGGUCAGUGUGGUGUGCUCUCCUCCCUCCACCCUCCUAGAUGAGGAGGAGGAGAGAGAGCACGAGAGGAGGAGAAGCAGUGAACGGUUUGCGCCCUGCCCUAGCGGAGGAGGGGUGGGGGUGAUGGGGAGACGCGGUAGAGGGGAGAACGGUGAGAGGAGGAGACGGAAAGUUGUGUCUAGGGGAUCAGUUGGCUCGCACGGCCGACGCCAUGGCAGAUCGCCGCGACGUGAGAGAGAGACAGACAGAGAGACUGAGACGGAGACAGGUGACUCUUCGUCCAAGGAGAAUGAAGACCUAGAACAGAUCCGGACGCCAGUAAGUGGGGGUGCGUCGCGACGUUGCAGCACUCUAAUGGUGGUAUCACCGCCGGCGCAACGAAACCGGUCACCUUUGGCGUCGCAACAGGCGUCUUUCUCGGGUGAGGAGGAGACUGGUGGUGGAGGUAGUGAGGGAGGAGGAGGAGUAGGAGAGGGCAGUCUGUCGAGGAGUAGCACUGAGGAGAGUGAGGAGGAAUUGAACGAGCCUAAGCAUGAUCCUGAUGCCUCAGCUGAGGACGAGAAAGCAGAACCCGAAUCAACUAAGAACGCCGAGGUGGAAUUAGGAGAAGAGGAGGAGGUGAAAGGCGAUGUGGAGGAGUUGGAGGAGGAGGACGAAGACGAUGAUGAUGAGGAAGUGGAGGAGGAGGAGGAAGGAGGAGAAGAGGUGAACAGUGAUGAGCCCGUUCUGGACUUGAACCGACUUCACCGCGACGUGGAUUUAAGUGAGCCGGUUCCGAGUCGCCAUGACUGGAGCUUUGCGCCUCCGUUGCCUCAACCCCAGCAAGAUGAGGCCAGUUCGCUGCGUUCUAGCGCGACGUUUGCGGCCGGACAUCGCGCGUUUGAGGCCGCACAGGCGGUGAGUGAAGCAGCUGCAGCCACUCCAUCCGAUCAGCUCCCUCUGUCAGGACGCACCCACAUAUCGGUCAUCGAGCACCAUCAUGCUAAGCAGAUCCACACGCUGAAGAAAAGACUGAAAAGGUACGAGGAGGGAUUCGAACGGGAGUUUGGAUAUAAGCCGUCGUCGGCUGAUAAGAUGGCCAACCCUGACACCAAGAAGAUGUGCCUCUCCCUCUCCAAACUCAGGCGAGAGCUCAAACAACUGAAGUCAGAGUCGACACUGUGCCAGUCAUCUUCGAUGUCGCAACUGCUGUUUCUGGCGUCAGGCGACCGAGUCAGUGUCGCGUCAGCUGCGUCAGCCACCAAGGUCAUCAACGAGGAUGUUGUGCAUGAUGUCGAAAAGAGACUGAACGACAAGCGACAGUCGGCUAGGCGCCCGAGCGUGUUGGAGGAGAUGUCGCGCGAGCAGUUGGCCGAUGAGAAGACAUUGGUGCAGCGCGCUCUGCUGCAGCUGGAGGCGGUCUACGGCCGACCCAACACCAGGGAGCAGAGGGACCUCGUGAGGCCGCUCUACGACAGAUAUCGCCAGCUGAAGCGGCUCCUGGCCAGGGCGGUCGCUGCUGCCAAACUCAAGGAGGGCGUUGCCGAACUGGGCACAAUCUUGGAACACGAGCAGAUGGAUUUCAGCAGUUCAUCACCACCCCCACCCCCCGCACCAAUUGCCGCCUCUCUACUGCCCCCGGCUGCCAUUGCAACCGCCCCCGUGCAAGCAAGACCCACCACCCCCGACUACUUUGAAAAUCUGCAUGCGCUGCCCAGAAAUGAACUGCUAGACCAGCACAAGACAACUCGCGAGGAGAAGAAGCGUUUGCGCCGACAGCUGCACGAAUUUGAGGAUGAACUGGAGAGCAAGAUGGGACGUAAACUGCAGCGAGAGGACAGACAGCCAAUGGACGCCCUGUACACGCAGUACAAACAUGUCAAGGCCAAGUUGAGGCUCAUCGAGGCAUUGAUCACCAAGAAGUAGACAGGUUAGAAGGAGUACGGUGCUAUAACUGGUGAAGUAGACUGGUUAGAAGCAGUACGGUGAUAUAACUGGAGAAGUAGACUGGUUAGAAGCAGUACAGUGCAAUUGGUGAAGUAGACUGGUUAGAAGGAGUACGGUGACACUGGUGAAGUAGACUGGUUAAAAGCAGUACAGUGCAAUUGGUGAAGUAGACUGGUUAGAAGGAGUACGGUGCAACUGGUGAAGUAGACUGGUUAGAAGCAGUACGGUGAUAUAACUGGUUAGAAGCAGUACGGUGGUAUAACUGGUUAGAAGCAGUACGGUGAUAUAACUGGUGUAGUAGACUGGUUAGAAGCAGUACAGAGGUAUAAGUGGUUAGAAGCAGUACGGUGGUAUAACUGGUUAGAAGCAGUACGGUGGUAUAACUGGUAAAGUAGACUGGUUAGAAUGAGUACAGUGGUGUAACUGGUGAAGUAAACUGGUUAGAAGCAGUACAGUUGAUGUAAUGAGUUGUAUAACUAAUGAAGUAGACAGACUAGAAGGAGUACAAUAACUGGUGAAGUUUAACUUGAUGAAGAAAAUCUAAAGAGAGGAAUAUCUCUGUGAAGGCAUAGUUAUGAGGAAUUGGUUAGUCGUAUACAGUGAUGUGACUAAACGCAGUUUGUUUAAACCUGGUUUGGAGUUGGAGUUUGAUUCUAAUUGAAGAAAACUGAAGAAAGUUAUACCUCUGUAAAGGCGGAGUUAUUAGGAAUUUGUUAGUCGUAUACAGUUAUGUCACUAAACGCAGUUUGUUUGAAUUGAGUUGAACUGAGCUUAGAGUUGGAGUUUCAUACACCUUAAUCAACUACAGCUAAAGAGCGUUAGACCUCUGUAAAGGUGGAGUUAUGAGGAAUGGUUAGUUGUAUACAGUGAUAUGACUAAACGCAGUUUGUUUGAAUUGAGUUAAACUGAGCUUAGAGUUGGAGUUUCAUACACGUUGAUCAACUACAUCUAAGGAGCGUUAGAUCUUGUAAAGAGAUCUUGGAGCUAUGAGGAAUGGUUAGUUGUAUACAGUGAUAUGACUAAACGCAGUUUGUUUGAAUUGAGUUGGACUAAGUUUGGAGUUGAAGUUUGAUUCAAAUUGAAGAAAACAAACUAAAUAGAGUUGUAGCUCUGUCAAUUUGGUGUAUGGUAGAGGAGUUAGUUAAGAUGAACUGUUAAGUGAACUAGAAAUUGCCACUGAAACUGUAUAGUAAGACCUUGAUGACGUCCAUGAAGAUCGUUGUUAGAUUUGAACGGGGCUUGACUAGAUGUAAAAAAUAUUGAAAAAGAUGAAUAAAGAAGAUUGAGAGAAAGAAGUACCUUUAAAUUGAUUUGUUUGAUCACCAAAAUGUAGGAGCUAUAAGAAAAUGUAUUUGUAAUUGGUGAUUGAAACGGCUAAUACUGUAGUAGGUUUCAAAGCCAAAUUAAGGAGAAUAUGGAAAUGAUCAAGCAGGACGAGUGGAUGCUAGAAGAAUUCAAUCAAUGUCAUAUUGGUGUGAUGUAAACUGGACUUGACUUACAACAAAUCAAGUUUCGACGUAGAAUGAAGGGGAAUGUUAAGAACAAAUUGGAAAAAGUAUAGGCUAGAAGGACUGUAAUAGUAUUUAGUCGUAUUGUUGAGAUGUGAACUAAACGUCAUCAAAUAUAGGUUGAAAUUCCCGCAAGGGACUCCCCACCAACAAAAGCCAUACGAAUUUACUUUUUAUAGGUUGAAAUAUUGAGGUUGAGUUGAAAUUUAAUGGAAUAUCGAUCGAGAAAAUCUAGAGAUUACAUAGGUGACUCAAUGAUAGGUAUUAAGUGUAUGAAUAACAUUAAAAUAGGGUUUGAAGUCAAACUGAUUAGUGUUGAAACAGUGACCUAUACAUUUAACAACAUGACUUUACACUGUACAAACUGGUUGAAUUCAACUUAUCUUGAUGAAAUUUGUGUUGAACUUGUAAGUGUAUUGGCUUGAUACAGUACAAAUAUAAUAAAUUUUAUCAGAACCUAGGCUCGGCUUAUUGAAGUAUUUGAAAAUGAUGUACUAGAGAGGAGUAAGUAAGCUUCAGAUUGUACAUGACUAAAUAUAGUAUUAUAUCUUUGAGCCAAUUUAACUAGAAACCCAUAAAUUAAUGUAGAUUUCAUUUUAAAACUGGGAAAGACUCAGUAAAGAGGUUAUUUCCUGUACUCUUGUUCCAACCUCAAUAAAGGAUAAAUUACAUAUUAUCAUUUUAGUAAAUUUGAUUGUAGAACUGCAAAAAGAUUUAGAUUUCAAUAGUAGAAAAUUCAACUGUGUCAGAAAUAAUCAAUGUUACAUAACUGGCUUCUUCUAUUAUUAAUUCUUAUUGGCCAAUAUAAUUUGUAAGUAAUUAAUAAGCUAUUGUCAAUCCUUAGAUAAAAUAUUGUUAAUCCAAGAAAAGCAUUGAAACUGCCUAAACAUAUUUAAUAUUGUUGUAGAAAAAAUGGACUAAUACUUUUGCAAACCCAAAACACUUUGAUAGAUUUCUUAGUUAAGAAUCACGUAUUUGGAAAGUGUAUUAUAACUUUAAUAGUGUUGAAGUUACUAUACAGUCUACAUACUUUAUACAGAGCUGUUUCCUAUAUGGAGUAUUGAAAACCAAUCUCAUUAUUAGUAGGAUAUAUAUAGGACAAUUAUGAUGGGCUACUGUGUAAUGUGGGAGAAUACGAAUUAAUAUGUUCAAGUGAGUCUAUAUCCGAUAGAGAAAAUGAUGCUUACUAAAACUGUAUUGGGGAUUGUUGUAAAUUAUUAACAUUGCUAGACUCGAAUUUAAUGGAGGUUUGAAAUUGAUGCUGGUACAACAUCAAAUUUAAUGGAAGUUAAUUUAAUGGAGGUUUGAAUUUGAUGUUGGUACAACAAUUAUUGUAACUAAUUGAGAUCAGAAUUGUUGGAGACUAAGAAGACGAAGGAGAAAAUAAUGAAUUGAUGUUUCUCUUGAAACCGAUUGGAAAUUAUGUAAUUAUGUAACACAUCCUCUGACCAGCCACAAAAAUAUAAUUAAAUCAUACAUAACAUCUUGAGCUACAAGUAAAUUUAUGUAUCUGAAUACAAAGGAAGUAUGUAUGUUGAUGUCCUCUCCUUCAUAAAUGUCUGUUUUUAGGGAUGAAAUGUUAUGAAAAUCUAUUGUUAGGUGUUAUAAAUUUAUGUAAUGAGUGUUUUUCUUGAGAAAAACUUUUUCUGGGCAUUUGAACGGUAAAUUUAGGUUUGUGGACAUUUUUCUGAAAAAAACCAUGAGAUUCAAGUUAUUGAUUUGUUGAUAUAGCACCAAACAGAGUUUGACAAUUAACUAAUAAAUUGGCAAUUUAUUAAAAAAAAGUUAUUGACAAACUCAUUGCACGUUUAAAUGAAUUGACAUUAUUAGAUUUGAUAUGAGGGGUUGAUUCUAGAAAUAAUUACAAAUUUGUCAAUGAAACAUUGAAACUUGAAUUUUCUUUAUUAGUUUGUUCCAGUUUAUAAUUUAAUAAUCAAAUUAUAACUAAAUAUAAAUAUGAUAAUUUAUUCUUAUGUAAUGUUAUCAAUCAAUUAUGCUAUAGAAAUUUUGUUCCUAUGCUUAUGUUUGAAUUUUUGUUCAAUUAAUAUCAAUAUUUACUUACUUAAAAAUUAAUAUUGUAUACCUAAGUGAAUUAUUUUUCGCGAGUAAUUUGCCCCAUUUGAAUUGUGGGAUCCUCUAUAUACCAAAUAUAUUAGCAAAAAUUCAAGAUUGAAAAAACAUGGUUUUGAGGUUUUUAUUGUAAAAACCUAAAAUACUGUUCUAUUGAAAAUAAUAUGUUUUCAAGAUUAUUUCUAUUAGUAUUGAACUAUAAGAUUCUAUUACCUCUUGCGAAUUGUAAACAUUGUGUGUAAGGUCAUUGAAUGUUUGACCAUAAAAAUGGUAAUUAUUGUAAAUUGUUACUUGAUUGUAAUGAGGAUAUAAACAAGUCAUAAAAUUAUAUAUAUAAUCUGCCUGAGAAUUAAAUUUCAAAAAUUAAUUGAAAACUUAUAGAUUAAAUUGUUUAAAUGAUAAUUUCUACCUAAGCUAGUGAAUUAGGUAAAAAAACUUUAUUGUCUUCGAUUGAGGUUCCAUUUCAAGUUAAUAAAAUUAGUUCAAGCAAUAAGUUAUUAAUUUGUAUUGUAAUAUUGCAAUAAUUUGGAAUGAUAAAAUAAAUAUUGUGAAGUUUCAGUUUUGUAGUAGCGUUAGAUAGAUGCGUUAUUUAUAAUGUUUUAAAGCAUCCACUCCCUGCUUUCAUAUGAACUAUCAGAAAGAGAAAUCUGUUUGUUCUUAUGGCAGUUUUCACAAUGAUGUGUGAACAUUCCCAUAUGAACUAAUGUAUUUUAUUUCAUCAGGGAUACACUGAUGCUUAUUAUUUAUUAUCUUUGUGUAAUUAGAAGAACGAAACCAAAAUACUGUGAUUUAUGUUGUAAUUUUUACUUUGUAAGAUAUUGUGAUUAUUUUGUAUUAUAUACGCUUUGUUUUAAAACUAACCACCUACGUAUUUGUACAUAUAAUAUAACGGGAAAAAGCAAGUUAUUGUUAUGUUUUCAGUGUGUAUGUAGAGUUUAUGCAAAUUAAAUGGAACUUGAAAGACUAACAUCAUAAUCAUAUACUGUAAUAAUUAUAUAAAUGAAAGUAUAUAUUAUACAUAUUUAUAAAUAUAGUACUGUAUUUUUCUGUAAAAUCUCAUUAAGUAAUCUGAUGUCUGAUCCUAUCGCAUUAAAUUUGUUGAUUAGUAUUUAUUAAAUGUGUAGCUUGUUGAGAUUUUGUAAUUUUUAUAUUAAUUUCGAAUAUUCGUGUAACUUACUGUACUAACUUUAUACUGCUGUAAGCCACAGCGGUAUUAUUUAUUAUCUUGAAAAAUCAAGUAGUGCUAUCUAGUAUUAGUCGUAGAGCAGUUUAGAGUUGUUUACUAUAUGCUUGUUGUACUUGCAAAAUCUAUUCUUGUUUUUUUUUUUGUAAAAAUUUCUCUUUAAUUUUGGAUUGUUAUGUUAUUAUGUGCUAUGUUCUCUCAUUUCGAAUGUAUGAUUGUUGUUUUGGUUGUCGAAAGCUUCUGUACAAACAGUUGUCUUGCGGACCAAAAUGAACGUAUGUGUUUAAUAUGACAUUAAUAUUGAUAUUAAUAAUAAUCGAUUGAAUGAA